AUGGUACGCAGUAUUUUUUCUCAGCGUUAUAAUUAUGCCCAAAUACGGUUGAACGAAGCUUUGGAUGAUGUUUUUCGUCGAACUGACAUUUUCCCAAAAAUAACCAAAUUACCACGAUUGAAAAGAACAUUUUUCGUUAGUGUACCCAAAGCGACCGUUGAGAAAUGCAACAAACCGAAGUUGAGGCCAAAACGAAUAUUGGAUCCUAAUGAGUGGUAUGAUAGUGACUUAAUACCCAUGGCCACAAGAUAUGACCUUGAAUUUAUUUUAAAUAUGACCUUGAUGGAACGUUAUGCUGAUGACAUUCAUUCAGAUGGCACAUUCAGUCAUGUUUAUUGGAAAGCAUCCGAAGACGUUACCCAAUGCAGUCAGACAAUGACUCGUUCUACGACACUUGCUGCAAAACGGAAUAUUCCGAUUCCUGAGAAGACAGCAGGGCAAGAAGAUAUUAUUUUUAUGACAAAUACUGCAAGGUCAGAUGAUGAAUUAUUAAUAAGCACAUCUGAAAUGGCACCAAAUAUACAUUUUCAAAAUCAGCAAGAUAAACGUACUUCAGUUACAUUGCCAUUUUCAAAUAUUGCCAAGCAUGCUAGGCCGAUGUUGGCCACUGAUAAUAUUCCCAGAUCCAAGCGUAUCAAACAUCUCGAGAAAGUAUAUGAAUGUAAACAAUGUCACAAGAAGUUCGAUCGGCCAUGGGUGUUAAAUGGUCAUAUGCGUUUACAUACUGGCGAGAAACCAUUUGUUUGUCCCGUGGAGUCAUGCAAAAAAAGUUUUGCCGAUAGAUCCAAUUUAAGAGCCCAUCAACGUACCAAAGGUCAUCAUAACUGGAAGUACCAGUGUCCGCAAUGUACCAAAGCAUUUAGUCAGGAAAGUUAUUUAAAUCGCCAUUGUUUACAAGCUUGUCGUAAAUUUUUGGCUUCACACAAAAAUGCAUGA